ACGAGUUGCCGUAAAUGUAGUUGGGGCGUAGACACCAAAGCGUAGCGUGUGUAAAAUCUUUUAAAACAUAGAAUAAUUUUGUAGAACAAUUUUUGAAAUUAUAUGGAAAAGAAAAUGUUCGGUGUAAAAUUCUGGCGUAUGUCAGGAUUUCUCGUCUUAACUGCAACUUUGAUUUCGUUGAAUGGUCUAGUUUUAGGGAAUGAGCCUCGGAAAUGUUAUUGGUGUGGCCCAUUAGCCGAGCAGGUCCACCGAAGCAACCGUGCUCCACCGUGUAAUGUCAGCGAUCUCUACGAAACGUCUUGUGAUGAGGGUUAUAAACAUUGUGCUGUGGUCGCUAUGGUGCCACCUUUCACGGAAUCGAGACUGUGCGUGAAACUUUACAAGACUGAAUGCUAUACGGUGUUUUGCAAUUCAACACGAACUUGGCGUACGAUUUGUCCAUGCAGAGGAGAUCUUUGCAACGGACGUAAUACCGAAAGAGAAAUAGAAGCUUUCACCGAAUUGCGAAGGCAUGUUGCAUCACGCCCAAAGAGACAUCUUAUAUCGGAAAACUUCAUUACCAGUAGAAAGUUUCAAAUCAACAACCUAAAUGCAACUCAGAACACAACUGACAUUAACGAUCAAUUCGACGUACCUUCGACCAUCGGUAAACCAGAAAGCUUAAAAAGAGACAACGAUGCAAUUAUUGAUGAAAGUGAUAUAGGCGAAGCAAUCAAAGUUGAAAAAUCCAGCACAAUGAUGGUGGACAGUGAAGUUCAAAUCGAAAGCUCGGCACCAGCUUCAACUGCAGAACCUAGUGAUACAACGCAACCUAGCAGCUCGAUUGACAAACAAGAACCAAAUGGGAAUGAUAAAUUACCAACCGUCCCAGUGCUUCAAGAAAAUGCUAAUCCCGUAGAGAAAACCACUGAAGCAUCUAUAGAAACGACUAUGCAAAACCGGCAAGAGACUAAAAUGGAAAACAUAAGUGCAGCUGAACCAACUACCUCAAAUAAACAAGUGAGCAAGAAUAAUACUGCAACACAUAUCAAACCUAUUAUGCUUACGCCGAUUGCGGGCUUAAUGCUGCAUUUUCAUUUGUAAUUUUCAAAUAUUUAAUUGUGAAAUGCAUAAUUAAAAUAUAUCAUGUUGUAGACUUGAUCUCGUUGUUGGCUUUAAAAUAAUAACAUCACUAUUAGUGUUCAAGAUAGAUUAUACGCGAUUAAACUAUUCAAUGUGAUAUUAGAAUAGCUAUUAGUUAUUGACAAAUGUAGAUUCGCUUCAUAUUAGCACAAAAUAAAACACACAAAUAUC